AUGAAGAAUUUUCCGGGUAUUCUACGCACUGGAGUCCAGGUGCCUUUGGGACCUCCUCUGAAGCAUUCCCAAGGGAAGUCCCGCUUGACGGUGCUUAGAGGGUCGGUCUUCUUUGUUGUGCUCGCCGGUACUGUUUUGCUCUAUGGCAACCUACCCUUCUCCCCCACAGACGCGCGCGCCGACGCCGCGGCUUCUUCAUGUGAGGUGAGAGGUAACGAAACGACCUGCACCUGUGAAGGAAACUCCGAGGUUGGCGAGCCACUACUUGCAGUAAUAUCACGAGGAAAGAAUACGCUGAAAUUGGACUGCAAGGGCGACCUGAAGUACGCGCCAGAUGAACUUAAAACAAAGGUCUGUGUUUCGGGCAAUUCCGACCUGAAGUGCUCCACUGACCCGACGCCUACAUGCUUCGAAGUCGACAAGCUUCUCUACGGGUCCACGGCCAAGAUCCAGUGGACUGACGUAACAACUCAGCAGAGAGCGAUAAAGCAACCCAAGAGCCUGACAAUCCCACCGGAAAACCUGCCGUAUGUUGACGUACAGUUUGUGGUCGGCUGCUUGGACUCAACGAGCAAUGAAACGCCCAAGUGCAUAGUCGCUGCGACCGUGGAGGCCAGAGCUAGCGUGGCAGACGGUCAGACUGUCACGUGUGCCUACGGCGCCAGCAGCAAUACUUCCCGCCAAGCGGUGACUCUGAGUCCAUCCAAAAACAGCUUUACUUUGGUCUGUGGAGACAAGGGGACGGUGUUGCCGACGAACUACGAUACUAAGUUUUGCUCCUCGGAUCCAAAGGACAAGACCGAUUCUUGCGACGGAGACUACCAGUCGAUUCUGCCGGGAUUCGAGAGCAGCUGGUGGAAAAAAGAAGAGCCCUCCGCCAACUCGUUCACUUUGUCGAUUCCGGUUGAGAAGUUCCCGAACGAGCCGGCGAAGAUGGUAGUCGCAUGCCAGCUGACGAAACAGAAUUCGGGAAGCCAGAGAGCCACUGAAGACGAGGCCACGUCCAGUGUGUGUAAAGUCGACGUAACGAUCGAGGCCGGUGGCCUUGCCUCUGUGUCGGUGCAGUCUGGGCAUUCGUCAUCCUGGCUUGUGGCAUUCGCGGUCACCUUCGUGAUUGCUCGCUGCCUGUGA